AUGCGCGAGAUCGUCCACGUUCAGGCCGGCCAGUGCGGAAACCAGAUCGGCGCCAAGUUCUGGGAGGUCAUCUCCGACGAGCACGGCAUCCAGCCCGACGGUUCCUACAAGGGCGAGUCGGAUCUGCAGCUCGAGCGCAUCAACGUCUACUACAAUGAGGCCAGCGGUGGCAAGUAUGUUCCCCGCGCCGUCCUCGUCGAUCUCGAGCCGGGAACCAUGGACUCUGUGCGCUCCGGGCCAUACGGGCAAAUCUUCCGCCCCGACAACUUCGUCUUCGGGCAGUCGGGCGCUGGCAACAACUGGGCCAAGGGACACUACACCGAGGGAGCCGAGCUCGUCGACAACGUCCUCGACGUCGUGCGCAAGGAGGCUGAAGGCUGUGACUGCCUGCAAGGCUUCCAGCUCACCCACUCCCUUGGAGGAGGAACCGGUUCCGGAAUGGGCACCCUCCUGAUCUCCAAGAUCCGUGAGGAGUACCCCGACCGUAUCAUGUCCUCCUUCUCGGUUGUGCCUUCACCAAAGGUCUCCGACACUGUCGUCGAGCCAUACAACGCCACCCUCUCUGUGCACCAGCUCGUCGAGAAUACCGACGAGACGUUCUGCAUCGACAACGAGGCCCUAUACGACAUUUGCUUCCGUACCCUGAAGCUCACCAACCCCACUUAUGGCGAUCUCAACCAUUUGGUCUCGAUGACGAUGUCCGGCGUCACUACUUGCCUCCGCUUCCCUGGACAACUCAAUGCCGAUCUCCGCAAACUCGCCGUCAACAUGGUGCCCUUCCCUCGCCUCCAUUUCUUCAUGCCCGGCUUCGCCCCGCUCUCCGCCAAGGGCACCGCCCAGUACAAGGCUCUCACCGUCGCCGAACUGACGCAGCAGAUGUUCGACGCCAAGAACAUGAUGGCUGCCUGCGACCCUCGCCACGGGCGCUACCUCACCGUCGCUGCCAUGUUCCGCGGAAAAAUGAGCAUGCGCGAGGUUGACGACCAGAUGCUCUCGGUGCAAAACAAGAACUCGUCCUACUUCGUGGAAUGGAUCCCGAACAACGUCAAGACGGCCGUGUGUGACAUCCCACCCCGAGGGCUUAAGAUGGCCGCCACCUUCGUCGGAAACUCCACCGCCAUCCAAGAGCUGUUCAAGCGCAUCAGCGAACAAUUUACCGCCAUGUUCCGUCGCAAGGCCUUCCUCCAUUGGUACACGGGCGAGGGCAUGGACGAGAUGGAGUUCACCGAGGCCGAGUCGAACAUGAACGAUCUGGUCUCCGAAUACCAGCAAUACCAGGAGGCCACCGCCGACGACGAGGGCGAAUUCGAGGGAGACAACACCACCGGCGCCCAAGAUUAUGAA